UUUAAAUAAAGGCCAACAGAAAGGAAAGCUGAUAGAAGACGCUGGGAAAGUAGUAGAAGUAACAUAUUGUAAGCGAGAUGAAAAAGGAAGAGAAAGCUGUUGAUACAUGAUGUGAAAGGUGGGAGAAUUACUGUUUUUCUUUUCUAAAUGGCAGCACGAAGGAAGUCAAACUGCAUGAAGGAGGUGGAAAAACCUCAAGAGAAAAGAGAAAGACACCGGCUUCAGCAGCAGGAGCUCAGGGAGAAAAGAGCUCAGGAGGUGGACACCACCAUCCCCAACUAUGAGAUCAUGUACAUGAUCCGAGAUUUCCGAGCCAGUCUAGACUGCCGGCCCCUGACCACAGCAGACCUGAUUGAAGAGCACAGAAUAUGCGUUUGUGUGAGGAAACGUCCACUCAACAAAAAAAAGUUGUCCAUGAAGGAUUUGGAUGUGAUCACCAUUCCCAGUAAGGAUGUGGUGAUGGUUCAUGAACCUAAACAAAAAGUGGACCUGACCCGCUACCUGGAGAACCAGACCUUCCGUUUUGACUACGCCUUUGACGACAGCACCACAAACGAGAUGGUUUACAGGUUCACAGCCAGACCUCUUGUGGAAACCAUUUUUGAGAGAGGCAUGGCCACCUGCCUCCUAACCUCUGAUUGGCAGCUACAGGCUGACCUGGGUAAGCAGCUAAAGUUCCCUCAGAACAUUGCAAAAACAUCCCUCCGGCCAGACACGAUAAUUAUUUCUGAGGCCUCAAAACAGCUGAUCAUGCUGGAACUCACAGUGCCCUGGGAAGAGCGGAUCGAGGAGGCCAAUGAAAGGAAACGAGGAAAGUACCAGGAACUAGUGCAGGAGUGCAGGGGAAGGGGCUGGAAGACUUUCUAUGAGCCCAUAGAAGUGGGUUGUAGGGGCUUUGCAGAACGAUCACUCUGCAAAGUCCUAGGCCGGCUGGGCGUGGCUGGGGUAGCCAAGAAGAGGGCCAUCCAGGCUGUGAGUGAAGCGGCAGAGAAAGCCACAAGGUGGCUGUGGAUCAAGAGGGCUGAUCCGUGGGUGUUUGACCUGCUGAAUCGUAAAGCUAAGCUGAGGGUACUGGAGGAUGGGAAACAGCAAGUGCAGGUGGUGGGGCUGCAGGAGAAGGAGGUCAAGUGCACAGAGGAUGUCCUGAAACUCAUUGAAGUGGGAAACAGCUGCAGAACAUCAGGGCAGACGUCAGCCAACGCUCACUCGUCUCGCAGCCACGCCGUAUUCCAGAUCAUUCUCCGGAGGAAGGGGAAGAUGCAUGGAAAGUUCUCCCUCAUCGAUCUUGCGGGCAAUGAGAGGGGGGCGGAUACAUCGAGCGCUGACCGGCAGACUCGUCUGGAGGGAGCAGAGAUCAACAAAAGCUUGUUAGCCCUGAAGGAGUGUAUCAGAGCUCUGGGUCGUAACAAGCCCCAUACGCCAUUCAGAGCCAGUAAGCUCACCCAGGUCCUCAGAGACUCCUUUAUUGGGGAAAACUCACACACAUGCAUGAUUGCAACCAUUGCUCCUGGGAUGACAUCCUGUGAGACAACACUCAACACACUACGCUACGCUAACAGAGUGAAGGAGUUUGGGAUUAGUCCGUCAGACAUCCAGCGGCUCUGUGGCUGAAGAAACACAGGCAAAUUGGAUGCAAGUUCAGCCACUCAGCCAAUUAAAUUUGUGCAUUCUGGGUGCUAAACACUGGGACUCUGCAGCCCUGACAGCGUAGAGUUACACGUGAAAAGACAGUAGAAAGAAGAAGAAAGAUAGCAAUGUAGAAAAAAGGGGAGAAAUACAGAUGAUAGCACUGGAGAAAGUGGAGAAAAAGAAAAUAGAAAAACAGUGAAUUGAAGAAAGGGAGUGAAAAAUCAGGAAAAAAA